UUGUCAAAGAUCCCGCACAUUUAUUGAUCAGUUCUCCGAACGCUAGCGAUCGUGUAACACAGUUGGAGAAAGCUCUCGAUAUAGUUUACAUUUUAUUACAAAACUUGUUUAUUAUUCGUCAUGGUUUCUGCACCGAAGACUAAAAAUCGCAUUUGCUGUUUGUGAGUGCUCUUGGAUUUCAUUUAGAAACGAAUAUAUUUUGUCAUUCAACUUUAAAAGACUGCUUUUUAUAAAAUUGAACUUUGCUUUUGCUACAUAUUGCAAUAUCUUGCUCCUAAGAUAUCCAGGACCAUGCACAGGCCAGAAACAGAAUUUUCCAUCGAUUUGAAGAGCCCUCUCCACGCGGCCGACUCUUCGGACACGAGCGGAAUCCUUGUCGAGCGCAAUCAUCCGUCCCCAUCCCGGGAGUGGAUCUCCCACAUCUCCGCAUCCUCUCGUCGGAGACACGAAGCCAUGCUCCUCAAACAACGCAAAGAGAAACUGCGCAGAAGGCGACAGGUGCGCCGCUUGGAAUACCAAAGGCUGAGGAAUAUGGUGCCGAGCAUUGCCGCCAAGCCCCUCGUGUCCAAAGUAACCGUUAUUGAAGAAGCCAUCAGAUACAUCGACUACUUACACGGAGCUUUGUUGACUAGGUUGAGAACAAAAGGACUGCCUAACUGUUUACGAGGUGUUGACGUCGACGUUAACCAGUUGAACUUGGACGACAUCAAAGAUCUUGUCUGCCAAUUGGUCCAAAGAAACAAUCAGCUGAAGAAACAGAACCAAAGGGGUGACCUCCUGUCGCAUACGGAUAUCGACUGCUUCUCUCCCGUAUCGUUUUUUGAACGAUCUCGGCAUGCUCCAUCCUACCUCACCGCCAGGAGGCCGCUGCCCAAGCAUACGUGAAAUAAUGAUGUGCUGCUUCAAAAUGAAAGAAAAAAAGUGCAUCAUAUUCUACGUGCAUUAAACAAUGAAGACAAUAAAAGUGAUGUACGUUAAAGGACUUGUGUGUGAAUUCCACUUUCAAGCCUUCUCGAAUCUAUUCAGUGUAUCACUGUAUAUAUUUACGUUAUUUUUCUAUCAUUGCAGGCAUAUUUUUGUAUAGUCUGCAUGCUUUGUAAAUAUAGUUUUGUAAAUAGUUAUACAUACAUUUAUAUAAAAAGGGUGAAUGAUAUGGCCCAUUUAUAGUUAAAUAAA